CAUGUACGGUUAGAUUUACCGAAGAAGAAGAAUAAAUAAAAGCAAAUCAACAUUUAUUUACCAGGUUGAUUUUUGACCGUUGAGAUGAGAUCAAUGGCUGGGAUUGGAUUCAGACCAUUCGGGGUCCAUCUCGUACAGUAUUGCAAACAUUUACGAACGUCUGUGUUAGUCACACUUUAGAUAGGUACACUACUCUCUACCAAUCAACCUCGUCUCCAUGAGCGCUGCGCUGUACACCUAAACGAUGCCGGUUUGUUAUCGCGUGUUGAUAACUGGGGAAGGGAGAGCGUGGGGGUUCCGCCACACGAACGCUUAACCAGUAAGAGGAGGACAGUUUCGCCUAUUUAUGAAGUUAGAGUCAUUGCCUAAUUGCCUUCUUGGCGUUUUGCUUAAUUAUGAUGACAUUAUAGAAUACAAUGUUAUAUUAUGAGAUAUAUACAUAAUAAAUACAUCGCUACACACUUUUCAUUUCAGUUCGUGUAAAAGGUUACUUGUACCAAUAUAAUAUUUAGAUCACGGCGUUUUUUUCGUUCAUUGUACUUACACAAACCUUCCAAAAAGAGUUACAAAAAUGUCAUUCUCCUUAAUUUUCUUCUUUAUUUAGGUGGCGAAGUGAGAUUGGUUCAAACUCGAAAACACUGACCAGUUUUCAUGCACCAAUAGUAUUAAAGUGAUAAUAAUAUACUAAUAUAAUAGAAAAGGCCUUGACAAAAGUUUGGUCUAUCCGUCUAUGUUAAGUGCCACAGAAACCGAAAGAGAUCUAACGUAAAAGUAAGAGAGGUUAGCCAACUAGUGAGAAAAGGAUUAGCAAAGACUGAUGAUAGUAUUAAUGAGAAAAGAAUUAGCGAAGGCAUAAUUAUAACAAAAUUAAUAAUUGAUAUUAAAGAAAAGAGAUGGAAUCUGCCACUAAUUGACACUCAUGUCCCAAUCGUCGAUCACACGUACGCUCGUUUUUUUUCUUUCUUUCUCUUUUGUAUAAAGCUAGAGAGACAAUCUCUCCUCCAACUUUUCUUUGUUUCAGGCACAAGUGCGAGUGAACAAUAGUCGGGUGCUAAUUUUAAAGGUUUGUGUGGUUGGUACUACUAACAUAAUUUACCUUAACGUUAUACAUUUUUCUCCCUAUCACAUUCAAAACAUUAACACAUUAUACUACGAUUAUCAUGACAAAAAGAUUUCGAUCCUUAUAUUACGUUCCAGUUUUACUGGUUUACUUAACCACUAUUCCAUAAAUGAGGAUAUCAGAAUAGACACAUCUAUUUUUUUUGGUAAGACAAGCUAAAGGUGAGUGAGAUAGAAUAUUGAGAAAUAGUUGUUGAUCAAAAAAAAAAAAAAAAGAGAAAUAGUUGACAAAGUCUAAAGAUAAGAUUAUAGCUUGUGGAGGAGCUGUUCCCAUCCCCUAAUCUCGCGUUGAUUAAACUUCUCUCAUGUACUGACACAUAUAACAUCAUUUCUUUAUCUAUCUAUUUUAAAAAUUGCUUUAAAGAUUAAGGAUUUGGUAAUGUCAUUAUUUUAUUAAUUUCAUUGUAUCCUCUUGCAUUAAUUAUUAUUUUCAUAGUUUAAAAGUAGUAUUAUUUGUUUGUAUCUGUUAUCGAAACUGAAAUUAAUAUUUUGAAGUAAUAAUCAGAAGAAGAGGUAACAUGCCAUGUGAGUCCACAGCUGUGACCACUCUUGCCUUAUAUACCUUCUUCCAUCUUCCUUCUUCCGUCUUUUGACUCUCUUCUCUCUUCUAAAUCUCUCUCCAAAGCUUUCAUUUCCUCUCUAAUGGUGAAACCAAAACCCUAGAUUCACUCUCCAUCCAUCUUAUCUCUAGAAUGAACACUUUUCUAAGCGUCUUUCUUUCUGUAACCACUCUCAUCUCCUUCUUUUCUCUUUCCCUUCAAGCUUCUUCAGCUUCUCAGUCCUUGUACAGAGAAAUUCACCAGCUUAUCAGCUUCAAAAACGUUCUUCCCGACAAGAACCUGCUCCCAGAUUGGUCUCCCAACAAGAACCCGUGUACAUACGACGGCGUGACUUGCAGAGACGACAAGGUUACUUCGAUUGAUCUCAGCUCCAAGCCUCUCAACGUCGGAUUCAGCGCCGUGGCUUCGUCUCUCUUGUCCCUCACCGGAUUAGAAUCUCUGUCUCUCUCAGACUCCCACAUCAACGGCUCCAUCACUACCUUCAAGUGCUCUGCUUCUCUCACCACCUUGGAUCUAUCUCGGAACUCUAUCUCCGGUCCUGUGACUACUUUGUCAAGCCUCGGUUCAUGCACCGGUCUGAAAUAUCUCAACGUCUCCUCCAACACCCUCGAUUUUCCCGCGAAAAUCUCAGGUGGGAUGAAGCUCAGCAGCUUAGAAGUUCUUGAUCUCUCCGCGAACUCGCUCUCAGGUGAUAACGUCGUCGGUUGGGCUCUCUCCGACGGCUGUGAAGCGUUGAAGCACUUUGCGAUCAGCGGAAACAAAAUCAGCGGAGACGUUGAUGUCUCACGCUGCGUGAAUCUCGAGUUUCUCGAUGUUUCCUCGAACAAUUUCUCCACCGGGAUUCCAUCUCUCGGAGACUGCUCGGCUCUGCGUCAUCUCGACAUCUCCGGGAACAAAUUAUCCGGCGAUUUCUCCCGUGCCAUCUCCUCCUGCACAGACCUCAGGUCGUUGAACGUCUCCGGCAAUCUCUUCGCCGGAACCAUCCCUUCACUGCCGCUCAAAAGCCUCCGGUAUCUCUCCCUAGCAGCGAACAAAUUCACCGGCGAGAUUCCGGUGAUUCUCUCCGGCGCGUGUGGUACACUCACCGGACUCGAUCUCUCCGGAAACGACUUCUACGGUACGGUUCCUCCUUCCUUCGGCUCUUGCUCCCUCCUGGAGUCACUCGUGCUGUCGAGUAACAACUUCUCCGGCGAGUUACCGAUGGAUACGCUACUGAAGAUGAGUGCUCUCAAGGUGCUCGAUCUCUCUUUCAACGAGUUUUCCGGCGAGUUACCGGAAUCUCUGACGAACCUUUCCGCUUCGCUGCUAACGCUAGAUCUCAGCUCCAACAAAUUCACCGGUACGAUUCUUCCGAAUCUCUGCCGGAGCACUAAGAACACGCUCCAGGAGCUUUACCUUCAGAACAACGGCUUCACCGGGAAGAUUCCGCCGACGUUAAGCAACUGUUCGGAGCUCGUAUCGCUACACCUGAGCUUCAAUUACCUCUCCGGGGCGAUCCCGUCGAGCCUAGGCUCUCUGUCUAAGCUCCGAGAUCUGAAGCUAUGGAUGAAUAUGCUUGAAGGUGAGAUCCCUCAAGAGCUAAUGUACGUCAACUCCUUGGAGACUCUCAUUCUCGACUUCAACGACUUAACCGGCGAAAUCCCUUCCGGUUUAAGCAACUGCACCAACCUGAAUUGGAUAUCACUCUCGAAUAACCGGUUAACCGGUCAGAUUCCUCGCUGGAUCGGGCGGUUAGAGAAUCUCGCCAUCCUCAAGCUGAGCAACAACUCGUUCCAAGGAAACAUUCCGGCUGAGCUCGGCGACUGCCGGAGCCUAAUCUGGCUCGAUCUCAACACCAAUAAACUCAACGGGACGAUUCCGGCGGAAAUGUUCAAACAAUCGGGGAAAAUCGCUGCGAAUUUCAUAGCGGGGAAGAGGUACGCUUACAUCAAAAACGAUGGGAUGAAUAAAGAGUGUCACGGAGCUGGUAACUUGCUUGAGUUUCAAGGAAUCAGACCGGAGCAGCUUAACCGGGUUUCCACGAGGAACCCGUGUAAUUUCACUAGAGUCUAUAACGGUCACACUUCGCCUACGUUUCAUAACAACGGCUCUAUGAUGUUCCUCGACAUGUCUUAUAACAUGUUGUCUGGAUACAUACCGAAAGAGAUUGGUUCCAUGCUCUAUCUGUUUAUUCUCAACUUGGGUCAUAACUUUAUCUCUGGUUCGAUCCCUGACGAGGUUGGUGAUCUUAGAGGGUUGAACAUUCUUGAUCUUUCGAGCAAUAAGCUCGACGGGAGGAUCCCUACGGCUAUGUCAGAACUCUCUAUGCUUUCUGAGAUUGAUUUGUCCAACAAUUUGUUAUCCGGACCGAUUCCUGAGACGGGUCAGUUCGAGACGUUUCCACCGGCCAAGUUCUUGAACAACUCUGGUCUCUGCGGUUAUCCGCUUCCAAAGUGUGGUCCUGCAAAUGGAGACGGGGGUGCUCACCAUUCAAGAUCUCACGGCAGGAAACUGCCAUCUCUUGCGGGUAGCGUGGCCAUGGGGCUGUUGUUCUCGUUUGUAUGUAUAUUUGGGCUCAUCCUUCUUGGUAGAGAGAUGAGGAAGAGACGGAGGGAGAGAGAGGCGGCGUUGGAGAUGUAUGCGGAAGGGAAUGGGAACUCCGGCGAUAGAACCGCUUACAACACGGACUGGAAGAUGACUGGUGUAAAAGAAGCAUUGAGUAUCAACCUUGCAGCUUUCGAGAAGCCGUUGCGGAAACUCACCUUUGCGGAUCUUCUCCAGGCCACGAAUGGAUUCCACAACGAUAGUAUGAUUGGUUCAGGCGGGUUCGGAGAUGUUUACAAGGCGGUUUUGAAAGAUGGAAGCGCAGUGGCUAUCAAGAAACUGAUCCAGAUUAGUGGCCAAGGCGAUAGAGAGUUCAUGGCGGAGAUGGAGACGAUAGGGAAGAUCAAACACAGGAACCUUGUUCCCCUUCUCGGUUACUGCAAAGUCGGAGAAGAGCGGCUUCUCGUGUACGAGUUCAUGAAGUAUGGGAGCUUGGAAGAUGUAUUGCACGACCCAAAGAAAGCUGGCGUGAAACUUAACUGGUCCAUGCGGCGAAAAAUCGCCAUUGGAUCGGCUAGAGGACUCGCCUUUCUUCACCACAACUGCAUUCCUCAUAUCAUCCACAGAGAUAUGAAAUCCAGCAACGUUCUGCUAGACGAGAACUUGGAAGCGAGGGUUUCAGAUUUCGGCAUGGCGCGGCUGAUGAGCGCGAUGGACACGCAUUUGAGUGUCAGUACAUUAGCCGGAACACCAGGCUAUGUUCCUCCUGAAUAUUACCAAAGCUUCAGGUGUUCAACAAAAGGAGACGUUUACAGUUACGGCGUGGUGUUGCUAGAGCUGCUUACGGGUAAACGACCAACCGAUUCACCGGAUUUUGGAGAUAAUAACCUUGUUGGAUGGGUAAAACAGCAUGCGAAACUGCGGGUUAGUGAUGUGUUCGAUCAAGAGAUUAUUAAGGAAGAUCCAACACUAGAGAAUGAACUUAUACAGCACCUAAAAGUUGCAAUGGCUUGUUUGGAUGAUCGGGCUUGGAAGCGACCGACCAUGAUACAAGUCAUGGCGAAGUUUAAGGAGAUACAAGCGGAGUCGGGGAUAGAUUCACAGUCGACGAUUGGAUCAAUAGAGGAUGGAGGGUUCAGUACAAUAGAGAUGACUGAUAUGAGUAUUAAAGAAGUUCCCGAAGGAAAAUUCUGAAGAGUUUAGGAACAUAACCAAACCAGAUUCUUUUGAACUCCAAGGGUCCACUCCAGUUUUCCUUUGGUCUAUUCUUUUUUGUAUCUUUCUACUGUAUUCUAAAAUGUAUGUAUGUAUUUAUGUUAUUUAUACACAUAAGACCGGAUGUUUGGUUCGUUUGGACUUGGGGUGGACAAAAAAGAGUAGCAACUUUGUUAAGAAUAUGUAAAUAUACAGUUUUUUUGUAACUACAGUUUUUUUCUUA